GAAUAUUUGUGAUUCUUUUGAUCUCUAGACUCUAGCCUAGCUGGACGGUUUCAAGUCUGAGUGUCGUUUCUAGUGGAAGUUAGCUUCCUUUUUGUGCUAGAGAAAGAGUUCUCGGAGUCUUUAUUGCUGCGGAAUAAGCCCAGCUACUUGUGCAAGAUACAGACUACUCUAAAUGUAUGCACUGCAGACCUGUGCAAAGUACAAGCCCUAUGAGAGAGACGGUCAGCAAUUGAGAGAAGAUAUAAGUAUCAUCAACAGAACGUAGUUGUGCAGUGACUAGUCCACCUCAGGAGGGUCAACACUCAAUUUGUUGGACUAAAGUUUACAGGUUACGGACAAAUCCACACACGUACGUACGUCAUUGCAUUUGGGGAGAUCAAACAGCAAGUGAAUAAUGUGUUUCAUAGUAUUCUCAUCUGAUGGUAUAAAGAACAGUCAAGAAGCUCAUAGAAAUAUUAUGUGCAAGACCACCCCAUGUUGCAACCAUUUAGAACAAAUAGUUUAUCAAGGGAAAUCCAAGGCUCUCCCGAACACAAAAACACAGCCAAACGUUUUCACAACUGAAAGAUGCUAUCUAAAGGAAUGUGCUGAUGUCAACAUCCCUAUCAGUGUGAUAAUUGACCAUAACACAACCACAAGCAAGUCUGUCAUUGUCCCCAACAAAUACCCACAAGGACAGAACACAGCCAAGCACCCAACAACGGCAAUGUCUUGGCUUGGUGUUAUGCCCCAGGGUAGACAGGCCAAAGGUGGAUCAAAGUCAAGCACCUCAUCAUCAUCUUCUUCACAGCGUUCUGGCGGUGGUGGUGGUGGCUCUAGUAAUCGGCAUGGCAAUACAGGAAGCUCGGGUGAUCGAGGGAGAAACAAUCGACGUAGUUUGAGCGGUAGCUCUGACAGCAGCGAGGAUGAUAAAGACGAUGAUGACAAGAGAAGACGUCCGUAUCGCCGCAAGAAUAAAGAGCCAAAGUCCAAACAAGGAUUCUCUGAUGAUGAUGACGAUGACGAAGCUACAGACAGUGCAGACGAGGGGAGGAGUCACAACACACCCAAUAACAUGGCGCUAGAUUUCAGUCCACAUUCCCGGAAAAAUGCGGCAAGUGAGGCUAAAAGAAGAGGUGAAAGCAAAGAUCGAUUCCGACCGUCGGAUCUAUCUAGUGGUGGCUUGUCGAAACCUCGCAGUAGUAGCAAUGGUUCUAGUUCCUCCACAAUUUCUGUCGAGUCUAUUAAGGAGGCGAAUCGUAUUGAGACAGGUGCUCAUGUGCCCCCCAGCCCAGUCAAUAUGGCCGUCGGAUACGGGAUACCAUCAUCGGCUGCCCCUCUGGUAUUGGAGUCAAACCAGACGACUGACAAGUCUCCCACAGAAUCAGGAAAAGAGUUGAGCACUCCUACUAUGGAUUCACCCAGACCACUGACUCUAAAGGGAGCCAACUCUCCAGGGACUCCACACCCGAUGUCACCUGAGAUACCACCCACUUUUACAGCUGAGAAAUCAGCAAGUAGUACAAAGGUGACUGCUGUACCUCUACAAGGGUCAGUAACACAGCAACCAACCUCACUUCCUACUGGGGGAGGAUUUGGCACACUACCAUUCGAGACCACGUGGGGAUGGCAACCACCCGUCUAUAGUCCAUUUGCAUUGCCUGGUAGCAGUCACCCUGGUAGUGUGGCAACCACUCCAGCGCCUACCUCGGACAGCUCGGGAGGGUUUCUCCGGCCAGGCACGACUGCCCUUCUCCAAGCUACAGUAUGCCAGGAAUCUGAAGGAGUACUGAUUGUCACAGUUCGUUGGAGAAACAGGAAUUUCUCUGGCUCAUUGAUUGAUAUUGGUCACCAUGAUUGGGCCCCACCCAAGUUGUCUUGUCCGUAUGGUGAUGUGCAAAUCAAGGACCUCUAUAAACAGAAGGACUCUGAGAAUCAAUCUGCUCAUGUCGACGUGCUCGAAGUCUCGAAAGAUACAAACACUAUACGGUCAAGAAACGAGCCAGAAAUUGUGCUAACUGACUCACCAAAACGAGGGCCUAUUCACGGGAAUAAGAGUGCUCUAAUGAACAGUACCUUCCACCCACCCCCCAUCCCCAUGGAGACUGAAUCGAUAACCGUCAUGGCCUCCUCUGACCCCUCUGAAGUGGGGCAAGCAAACUUGCGCACUCUACUAAAACCAGACACUAAGUUACCGUACUCUGAUAUCAGCGAUGGUAGUGAUACUGAGAACAACGCAACAAGGCAAGCGAAACAGAUGGCUAAAGAUUCAAAAGGGGCUUCAGAAUCUCAUCCCAUAAUGCCCAGUAUGAAUGGCUUCUAUCCGUACAAGAAUAAAACGAGUAGCAAGGGGAAAGAAUCACUUAGCAACAUAUCUGCCCGUCUCCCUUCAUUCGGUGAUGUGGGACGACCAAAAGGUUCGAAAAAGAACGAGAAAAAACCGAUUCAAACCGAUGAGUAUAUCCCCGAUUCUCAGCCCUCAAGUCCAAGAACUGGUAAACAAUCAUCGAAUCCUGCUGAUGAAGUACGCAGCAAGUUACUGAGCACAUACCCUGGCUCAAGCACGUCGGCUAUUCCAGUGAGCAUGCCCGAACAAGACCAACGACAUACUCGAGUGGGAAUGGCUAUGUACAGUAAUGCCGUGUCAAAGAUGCCUAAGGGAGGUCACGACGAAAGUUCCCAUUCUGCCCUACACACGCUCUCAGCUGUGGCUGCCUCGCUACUUCCCAAUGACAAACCGGCCAAGCAUCCAAAGAUGACAAUGCUCACGCAAGACGAUUUCAACAAACCCGAAACCCGUGUUAAGAGAUCUGUCUCGCCACGUCCCAGUUCUCUAGUCCCUAAAACUGGCAAUCGUCGAUCACCAAGUCCUGCUCGAUACUCGAAACAGAUUCUCGAGCAACAGGCAGCCACUCUUCCCUCGUUUGAUACUGCCCCCGGUAAGAGAUCCAGUGAUGGUGGUCUAGCAGCUUCGCCUCCUGUCAUUGUGAAAUCAGGCAGUAACAUUUGCGAGUGGGGGCCAGUGGAAGCAUUGCGAGAUGAAGACGGCCACGAUAGUGACAGCUCUGGCUCUGGCUCGAUCCUUCAUGCAAAACCCCAUAGGAAUAAACAUGGCGUCCAGAAUUUGCUGGGAGACAUCAAGACUGACAAGCCCUCAAGGGAGGACACUGGGAAUGCCAUACAGCCACAAACACCUGCCCUUGCUCCGAUACCGUCAGACAAGUUCAGUCUUAAGAACAUUCAGCCGAUAUCCCCCGGUGUCGAUGGUCCCCAUCCCUCUUCUGGCCAUCCCAUACACCCACACAAACCAGCUGUCAAAAAAGGGCCCCCACCAACAGACGGGCACGUCAACUCCCGUCUCAAUAUCGAAAGCAAGAAAGCCGCGAGAGAUAAUAGCAACAAUUCCAUUCAAGUUCCAACUGUUGGAGAAGUGGUAAAGAAAGUGUCUGGAAAUCAACAACAAUUUACAGUUACAAGUGGACAAGCUGUUAUUCCAAUGCCAGGCAAAGCAAAUACCAUACCAGCACAAACCUAUGUGAAACUCGAAAACCACGAGCAUGACAAGGAACAUCACAAGCAUCUAAGGCAGCAGCAAGAGAUUCACAUGUUUUCUCCGUACAAUGCUCAUCAUCAUCACCGUGGCCACCAAACACAUGAGGCUGUUAUCCAUGUACCGGACGACAGAGGUAGUCCCAGUAAAGACGAUAGCAAGCAAACACCCGAUACUCACCGAGGUAGGAAGCGAAUGGCACCAAUGCCACCAGAUAUGCCCUAUGUAGUGGCUAAAAGACACGAACGUGAUGAUGGUAGUAGAACUCAGAAUAUACCCAAGCAAUUUUCUGAAUCGAUUAAAGGGGAAAACAUGGAGAUAUCGCCGGAAUUCGAGGCCAUAUACGAUCCUAAUCUGCCAAUGAGUAUGGAAUAUCAGCUGAUUGCUUUUAAAAACCAAAAGAAGAUGCAAGACGAGCAUCAACAACAGAUUGAUUCGAAAUCCAAGAGGGAUCAAAUGUUCCACCAGAGCAUGCAGCAAGACAGGAAAAGCCCCCAUUCUCGUCGACAGAAAUCUAAUGAACACCAUAACUCUAUCUACCAUGAGGGCAAGCUAUCGAGACAAUCUAGUGGGGAGGGUGGCCAUCGUUUUUCUUUAACCAACAUUGCCUCAGGGAGUGCCCAAGGACAUGGAAAACCACAGCAACAUCAAAACGGCCCCUCUGUGAUUGCACAUUCGAUAAUUAAGUCAGAGCCGACUGAUGAGAUUCGAUACUUGAACAAAAUAGGAGAGAACGGAAAGGUUGUCACUCCAGUUGUGUGCGCAUCACCUGGUAUACAGGGACAACAAGCAGCCCCCAUGAGAAGACAGAAUGCCGUUGUAAGACGUCCUGCACCGAGGAAGACUGAAGAAUCGUCCUGGCAGCAGCAGCAACAGCAGCAGCAACAGCACGGAUUCAGACAUGUGGUAACGUCAACUGCCCACCCUCACACACCUGCUAUCAUCAACUAUGCAGCACCCGGAGGAGUAGUAUGGAACAUGGGGAACCCUCAAGUUCAAGUAGAAAGGGAAAAUCCCAAACCCAAGCACGAGGCCUCAGAGGGGCAACGAAAUAACGAAUCGAGCAAAAAAGGGGCUUCUGGACAAAGUAGUGAUUGGCCAAGAUCUAAUUCCUCGUUUACUCCUGUGACUACUCACCCUGGAAACAGACCACCCACCUCCUCGCCAUCACACCCUCACACCUCACACCCACACCAUCACCAACCCCACCGUGAGCACAUGGCGAACAAUCGCGGGGAACGAGGAGAGAGAGACCGUGAAAGAAGAGGCGAGCAAAGACACAAUUUUCCAGCGCAUCAAGAACACGAGAGAAGAGAGCCUGCUGAACGAGAUAAUUCCGCCCAUCUUCAAUCAACGCAACAUCCUCGACAAAACUCUUCGUCUUCAACUUCGAGUAAUCACUCCACCUCUCAUCCGUCCACCUCAAGUGGUGCCUCGAGAAACCAAAACAAGGAUGCCAACCAGGCAGCCAUUAUGGCCCAACAACACCAAAUGCUACAGAUGCAACAGCUAGCUGCCUUACAGCAAUUGCAACAACAGCAGCUCUCUCCUAGUGCUCUGGCAACUCUACAAAGAAAUUCUGGAGGCAUACAGAAUGCAGCCAUGGUGGAGGAGUACAUGAAACACUUGCAGCAACAGCAGCAACAACAGUACGAGAUGCUUCAAAAAGCUGCCCUUAUUCAAACACCUACAUCUAUCAAUCCUCAAGAGUUACUCCAGCUUCAGAUGCAAAUGGCGGCUCAAAUGGGGAUGGGUAUCGACCAAAACACUGCAAUGGCUCUAAUGGUUCAACAUCAAGCUGCCCAAGCACAGGCCCAACAACAAGCGCAGCAACAGGCAGUACAGGUACAUCAGCAGCAGCAGCAGCAACAACAACAGCAGCAUCAACAAGUACAAGAAGCACAGGCACAAGCUCAGGCCCAAGCUGUACAGCAAGCUUUGUUACAGGCUGCAGCUGCUCAGAACUCUGGGAUGCCAAGUUUCAUGUAUCCAGUGGCCGCUGCGGGACAGAUACCACAGUUAGGAUUCUACGACCCUAAUGCUUUUGCUGCAGCUGGAGGAAUGCAGAUCCCUUCUUUCGCUAUUCCCAAUGCCCCUAAAAGAGAGUAAAGUUUCCCCCUCCCUCCUGCCCCUGUGUACUGCCCUUCUCUCAAGAACUGCACUUGUCCAAUGGAUUCUUUCUGAUGUUCUCUAAAAUUUUCAUUCUUAUACAGAUCAGCACACCGUUUACAUGCACCCUUAGCUUGUUAUGUUCUGUGUUAUAUUAGUGCACGUAAUUAUAUAUCUCUGUGUUGUUUGUUGUGUUGUGUUGUGUUGUGUUUUUUGCUUUCUUGAAAUUCCUUACCCUUAAUAUUGUUAUAAUUCGG